UCUUUCAUAACUCAAGAUCCUCGUGAUAGGGAUCUUUUAGUCAGAAAUUUCAAAGCGUUGAAUUUUGAUGUUCCAGUAUUGAAUUACUUUGGAAGUGAAGACUCUUAUAGAGCGCCAUAUCAAAUUUCUCAGCAGAUGAGAGAACUUGGGAUUUCUUCACGGCUUGAUCAAGUUUUUGAUGCUUCUUUUGCUGUCAAGGAGGUUUUGACUGGCCAAUGCGGUUUGGAAAGAUCGUAUAUCGGGUCAAAGGAAACUGAUCUCAAGGCCGAUCAGGUCUUAAAGUUGGGAAUCUUUGAUUGUUGGACACCAGAGAAUCAUUAUCGAUGGUCUAAAUCUAGAUACGGGGGUCAUGUUUCUGGAUCAGUAGAAGUGGUGAAACA